GGGGCUGUCACUGAGGGAUCGCACCGCGCUCCGCGGCGGAGGGGAAGCCGCGGCGGCCGCGGCAGCAGCGGCAGAGGCAGAAAUGGACUCGCACUGCGACUGUGUCGAGCCCCCGGCCGCCGAGCAGCCGUCGGGGAGGAUUAACAAAACCGCUUUCAAGCUUUUCAGGAGGAGGAAGUCCGGGGGAACCAUGCCGAGCAUCUUCGGCGUGCGGAGCAGAGGAGGGGAGGGUAAGGGCGCCGGCAAGCCGGGGAUGGUGCGGAGCCGGACGCACGACGGCUUGGCCGAUGCCGUGCUGGAGAGCAGCAAGAAGGAGGAACCGGGCGGCGGCGAGGCGCCGAGCCGCGAGGCGCAGGAGCGGCCGGCCAGCAGCCUCGGCGGCCCCGCCGGCAGCGCGGUGGCCAAGUCGCACAGCUUCUUCUCGCUGCUGAGGAAGAACGGCAGGCAGGCGGAGGGCGCGGAGCCGCGGGCCGGCGGCAGACAAAAGAAGGGGCUGAAGGGGAUCUUCAGCAGCAUGCGGUGGCACAAAAAGGACAAAAACGGCAAGGAGGAGAGGGGGGAAACCUCGGACAUCCCGUCCGGCCUUAUCAUGCCGGGGUCCCUGACCGCCAGCCUGGAGUGCAUCAAGGAGGAGACGCCGAAACCUUUGUCUGAGAGCCCGAGCGGCGCGGGAGACGCCGGGCCGGAGCCGCCGCGGGAGAAGCGCAGCGGCGAGGCGCCCGCCGCGGCCGAGGAGCCCCAGGCGGGCGGCGCGGAGCCGCGGGCCAGCAGCCCCCCGCCCCGGGAGGAGCCGCCCGCCGCCGUGCGGCCACCCGAGGAGCUCAGCCGCGAGCGACCGGAGCCGGCCGCCGGAGAGGUUGGGACUGCGAAGGAUGCGGCGAUAACAGGCUGUGGAGAUAUUAUUGCGGACCAUGAGGAGGAUGUGGGCGGCGGGAGUGGCGUCUGCGAGAAGAGCACCCCCGGGCCCAGCAAGCUGGGUGCCACCAAGAAGCACCCCCCUAUGGUGGCCUACCAGGGAGGAGGGGAGGAGAUGGCCAGCCCCGACCAGGUGGAUGACACCUGCCUGCAGGAGUUCUGGGACAUGCUGUCACAGACAGACGAGACUCAGACGCAAGGAGGAGGAAGCGGAGGAGGGACAAAGAAGCCCGAGGGGUUGAAGGAAACCCGAGGUACCGAGGGGACCCAGAAUAGGGUGGUGGUGAAACGUGGUGGCCUCCACCAGAUUGCCAUUCACCUGAACCACAAAGAGGAGCAGAAGAGCAGGGAAAAGGAGCAGCACGAGGGUGUCCCAAACAGCGAUGAGGGCUACUGGGAUUCCACCACCCCCGGUCCCGAGGAAGACAGUUCCACAAGCAUCCAGAAGGAAACCCUUCCCAGGGAUAGCUACAGUGGGGAUGCUCUCUAUGACCUUUAUGCUGAGACGGAUGAGAACCCACCAGCAGGGCCCACAAACGAGGAAGUCCCCAGUGUGCCACGCUCCAAGCCCGUGUCUCCAAUAACGACAGUGAGUUCACUGAAAACACCCUCCAGCACAGCGAAGGACUCCAAGAUACCCAUCAGCAUUAAACACCUUUCGUCACAUCCCCCCAGCCAUGGAGCAGAUGCCAGUAACAGCCAUCAUGUCGCACACCAUCACCUGGCCAAAAGUGAGAUGCACAGAACAAAAAUCCCUGUCUCCAAAGUCCUGGUACGCCGGGUCAGUAACAGGGGCGUAGCAGGGACAACGGUGAAAACUGCCACGUACCAGGACAGUGCCAAAAAGUAGUUGGGUAAGAGGUGGAGGCAAAGGCAGAGAAUGAAGUCCAUAUGGGAAAGUCUGCAUAGGAGACCACAGAUAAUAAAUUAGUUUUGCAUCACCUGAAGAAAGUCACCUAAAAGGCUUCCUUCACUGUACUCUGUGGGCCUGCACUUCUGAGUCUCUUCUUACUAGACUGUAUGGCUGAAUACAAAAAGUCAACUUC